GUUCGCGAGACCAAAAACAAAAUUCAUUAUUAACAGCAAAAAAAAAAAAAGGUCAGAUCCCUAAAAAUCGAACCCGACCAUGGUCUUUCAUGUAGCUUGUCCAAUCACUUGCCGGAAAAUUUGUGACUGCUUGUUGGGGUUUCCUCGGAAUCUUCAUGUCAAAGAAGUCAAGGAUGUGUUCCUCAACGACAUCCACUCUCUCCAAAACUUCUUGCCAGACCCCUGGGAUGCUGGUGGUGUUUUCAAGGACGGUACCGUUCAGAUCCACGUGCCUAGAGAUGUUGUUGCGGUUGGGGAGGACUCGGAGGUGAAGGUUGAGGCAUCGACGCAAGGCAAACGCAAUGUGGUGCUGCUGAAGAAGAAGAAGGUAGCUGAGGAUUCUACUGCGAAUCCUGACUCUGACAACUUAAUGGUUCCUGUCACGGAGAUCAAUGGAGAAGACCAUGACCAUCACGGUGCAAGUAUUACGUGUCACAUGUGCUAUAUGUUUGAAGUUGGGAAGAGUGAGAGAGCAAAGAUGCUUUCUUGCAAAUGCUGUGGGAAGAAGUAUCAUAGAAGCUGUUUGAAGACUUGGACUCAACAUAGAGAUUUAUUUAAUUGGAGCUCUUGGGCUUGCCCCUCUUGCCGAACCUGUGAGGGAUGUGGAACUUCAGGGGAUCCAAAGAAGUUGAUGUUCUGCAAAAGAUGUGACGAUGCUUAUCAUUGUGAUUGCCAACAACCUCGACACAAGACUGUUGCUUCUGGACCAUAUCUGUGUCAUAAACACACCAAAUGUUACAGCUGUGGGUCUAAAGUCCCUGGGAAUGGCCAGAGCUUACGGUGGUUUUUGGGCCAUACUUGCUGUGAUGCUUGUGGAAGACUGUUUGUUAAGGGAAACUAUUGUCCUGUAUGUUUGAAGGUUUACAGGGACUCGGAAGCAACACCAAUGGUGUGUUGUGACUUCUGCCAGCGCUGGGUUCAUUGCACCUGUGAUGGAAUCAGCGAUGAGAGAUAUAUGCAGUUUCAAGUGGAUGGGCAUCUUCAAUACAAAUGUUCUACUUGUCGUGGAGAAAGCUACCAGAUCAAGGAUCUUGAGGAUGCUGCACAGGAAAUCUGGAAGCGAAAAGAUAACGAUGAAAAAGAGCUGAUUGCUAGCCUGAGAGCUAGUGCACUAAGGAAAACUGGUGGUGCCCCUCUUAUCAAUCAGCCUGGUUCUGUCCAAAGAAAAGUUGCUGAAAAAGUUGUGGUCAGUGGUGAAGAAGAGAAGCCAUUGAGAGUUGUCAGGAUAAAAAGCAGAAGGCAUCAGGAUUCAGAUAAUGAGAAACACUCUUCAGAGCCGAACCCUGUGAAGGCAAAGAAACUGGUGAUAAGAAGUAUAGGCCCUCGAAAGGCAGAAGUUACAAACCCGAUGAGCUGCGAUGUAUCAAAGCAUGCCUCCAAAUCCAACGGAAAGCAUGGGGAAUUAGAAUCAGAAGAAACGACUUCAGAGCAACAACGGAGCUUGUUAGGAAAGUGUAACGAAGAAAAGAGAGUGUCUCAAGAUGAGGUGGACACUUGUAAGGUUAGAGGAGAUAUAAAUGGUGGACAACAAGGGGAGUUGCAGAGAGAUUCAAGACCAUUGCUGAAACUGAAAAUAAAGAAGCAUAAUCCGGAGAGCCAAGAACAACGAGAAGCACCAAGGAUUGUCUACGAGAGAAGUAAGUCUAGGAAAGGGCAUAGGUCUAAGAGAAAGAGAGGAUCACCUCCAACAGCUGAAAAAUCAGGGUUCAACGAAGAUGAAGAUGUGUCACUUUCACGUGAAGAGAGUUUGUUGGAUGCUAGUUGGAUUCUGAAGAAAUUGGGUGAGGAUGCAAAAGGCAAAAAAGUUCAAAUACACGAUGACUCAGAUGAUUCAUGGGAGAAAGGAGUGGUGAGUGAAGUAGCAGGAGAUGGAGGGGCAUCGAAGUUAACGGUGACGCUUGAGAAUGGAGAAGUAAAGACAGUGGAGCUAGGAAAGCAAGGGGUUAGAUUCAUUCCUCAGGAGCAAAAGAGGACGAGGACGUGAGGAAGCUUUAUCCACAUUUGGAACAACAUUCAACUUCUUUAGAUUAUGUUUGUAGAAAAAAAAACAUUUUGAAACGAGAUUAGCUCCCUUUUUCUUUUACUUAUUAGGCUAAACGUGACUAGACUAGCUUCUUAUUUGCAUCUGUGAUAAAAUACACAGUGAAAGAAAUGGUUGGUAUUUGGUAUAAGAUUUUUCAAAAGAUUUACAUGUUAAGAGAGAGACAUACGUUAAGGUAACCAUUCCAAAAAGCUAUCAGUCUAUCUCGUUGGAACUCUUAUUGGGCCUAUCAUUUAUGCCAUUGGGCUUGAAUUUGUACAACUAAGCUAGUGGAAUACAAAAGUGAACCCAACACAAAGAUGUAUUCGGACAUUGCCACACGAAAAGUAACAGACAUGAUACAAGAAAGACGACACAGACAGUUUUUCCGAAAGGACAUAUACGGUAAUAAAUAUUCGAAUAAAUUAUUAAUUUUAUGUGUCGGUCCAACAUUAACUACAGUGUAACGGUAGCUGCUAGAACAGGCAGACAUCAUAUGAUUGCAUACAAUAAAAGUUAAAACUGAGAGGAUAACUCGUGACGAAAGCAAUCUUCUUAUCUCUUCUCUAACCAAAUCUAUCUUUACGUUAUUUCAUUUCCUGUUAGAUACUCUCUCUCUACAAGGCCAAUACAAAAAAAGAAAAUUGCGAUCUGCGUUAACCUGAAAAAAGGAUGUUGCAGCUGUUUUUCACGAUAGCGUUCUCGGCGGCGCCGUUAACGUUGUACAUACCGCCGAUAAGAUGUUUGACGAUGUUCGUGGAGACGAUGGAGGAGAUGGGAAUGGAAGGUAGGGUUUAUAGCAGGAGAGUCUUCCCUCGCGCCAGAAUUGCUUGGUCUCGUCUUCUUGAUUGCUUCUUCUCCUCUUCUUCUACUCGCCGUGCUUAAUUUAAUUGCUUGUAUGUCUCUUUCUCUGUAUAUAUUCUCAUGUUUACUUCCUUGAUCACGAUUUGGGAUAAUUCAAGAUGAUGAUGAUGAGGAUAGAGAGACUUAAAGAGUUCUUUGUUCUUGAUUUUUUUUAAUAAUUAGAGAUGGAUUUGUUGAGUGUC